UUCACAUAGGCUCAGUGACAUUUGUUGAUCCUUUAACUCAGUACUAUGUUUUGGUAGCAGCCUCUAUGCAAUGACAAAGGAAUUUUGUGUACAGUGUAUUGAGUCUGCAAAGAAUUUUUUCAGAAUUUCCAUUAACCACAUAGAUUGGUCUUUCUCGGUUGCUUAAUGGUCACACAUUUUGAAGAGCAGACAUGAGCUUGCAUGCACGACGAGUCACAUUGCCUGCAAUCACUCCACUUUUACUGCAGAAACGGGUCAUUAAAGUAUUUAAUGAAGAUAGCACCAGUCAGACAUUGGAGGUACCAAAUGACAUCAUAGCUCGUGAUGUCUCUCAGUUGUUUCUCAUGAAAAAUCACUGUGUCAAUGACAAUACCUGGACACUCAUCGAGCACCUUCCUCAUCUUGACAUGGAAAGAAUUGUAGAAGAUCAUGAAUCAGUGACUCAGUUCCAAUCAACCUGGGGGAUGGACAGUGACAGCAGACUAUAUUUCAGAAAAAAUUAUGCAAAAUAUGAAUUCUUUAAAAGCCCUUCAUAUUUUCCAGAGCACAUGGUGUCUAGUUGCAGUGAGACAAAUGGAAGUUUAAGUCAUUCUCAGUUAAUACAGAAUUUCUUGAAUUCAAGCACGUAUCCUGAGGUUCAUGGUUACCUUCAUGCUAGAGAACAAGGAAAAAAGAUGUGGAAGAAAUGUUACUUUGUCUUGAGAAGAUCUGGGUUAUACUUUUCGACAAAGGGAACAUCUAAGGAGCCAAGACAUUUACAAUUUGUGGCUGAGUUUAGUGAAAGCAACGUUUACACUCUAUUAUCAGCAAGGAAGAUGUAUGGAGCACCGACAAAUUUUGGAUUCUGCAUCAAGCUUCACAAAUCCAGACGUACCAGGGACCUGAAGUUACUUUGUGCAGAAGAUGAACAGAGUAGAAUGUGUUGGGUGACAGUGAUUCGACUUUUUAAGUAUGGAAUACAACUGUACCAAAACUAUAAAACACCACAGAAAAGGAGAGAUAGCCUUACUUCACUGAACUCAUCACCAAUGAGAAGCGUCUCAGAAAAUUCUCUGGUAGCUAUGGACUUCUCUGGACACAAAGGAAGAGUAAUUGAAAAUCCGAUGGAGGCACUUACAGUUGCUACUGAGGAGGGGUUGGCAUGGCGGAGGAGAAGCUGUCAUCGUUUGAACGCAUAUGGAAGUCCAACCACAUCGCAGAGCACUACAUCGUGUCAAGCCAUUCAUAGGAUGCAGCUAUGGUUUCAUCACCGACUCUCCAGAGAUGAAGCUCAAAAACUUUUAGAACAACAAGGUCUUGUGGAUGGGAUGUUUUUACUACGGGACAGUCAAAGUAACCUGAAAAGUUUUGUUUUGUCACUGUGCCAUUGUCAGAAGAUAAGGCAUUUUCAGAUUGUACCGCUAGAAGAAGAUGGAGAAUUGUACUAUUCCCUGGACGAGGGUCACACCAAAUUUACUGAUCUUAUCCAGCUUGUGGAUUUUUACCAACUCAACAAGGGCGUGCUGCCUUGCAAACUGAAACACCACUGUGCUCGAAUUAUACUGUAAUCUCUGAAGCCUAUCUCAGCUCAUCUGGAGUUUGUGAAUAACAAGUGCAGUGUGGGCUGAGGACAAAUACAUCAGAACUCUGCAAGGGAACUUGUUAAUGUCCUUUGUGUCUCAAAGCAAGUAGAGACUGAGAGGAAUCAGAUUGUUAACUUCAUACAAGUCAGAACCUGUGGCUGAUUUCAUCCGAUUUGUACUUGAGGAUCACUAUUUCUGUUAAAAACCAGAUUAUCAGAACAAAGUAAAUAAAUGAAUUUAAGCUAUAGUGCUCAAGGGAAGCAAUCUUGAGAAAUCCGUUUCUGCUUAACAAGUGAUUUUUUUAUGAUACUUUGAAGUGGCAUUAUCGUUCAUUGCAUACCAUGAAUAUUAAAGUGCAAUGUUUGCCAGGAGGUUGAUUCAUCAAAUGAAGAAAAUGAUCAUUAGGACUAUUAGCAAAACAAUCUUAAUUGCUAAUUUCAAAGUUACCAGAUUCAGACAAGUGCCUUUUUGUUUGGAAGUUGAGAACUGUGCUUUGAAUUAACUUUUGGUGGAUAUUGUGUGUGAAGGAAAAUGAUUGCAGUGUAUUUGUACAUACAGCAUCGCUUUGCACAAUGUAAUUUUAAAUAUCAAACAUUCUUAAAUUGUGUUGAGUCACUUGAUGAUUACAUCUUUAUUUCCUUAAAAAUAUUACAAAUGAUCACCUAAACUGAGUUUUGUGGUUCAUUAUUGUAAUUGAAUACUUUUGCAUUGUAUAAAAUACAUUGAUAGCAAAUGUAUUGUAGCAAUGAAAUUGACGUUCUUCACUGUUAUUAAAUAAUUACUUGAUCAUUUCCUUAUAAGUCUCAUAUGUAAAUCUAAAUGGUUGAUUGUCAGAAUAGGCUUUGUUAUCAACAAAGUUGUUUGGAGACAGGUCCGCAUGUUAUGACCAGGUUGGGUUAUAAAUCUAACCCAUGAGUGAUGUCUGAUGAGAGAUGGCUUUAAUAGGCUUUAAAAUUAAAAUUUAACUUGUUUCUCACAAA